AUGACUACCGAGCAGACCUUCAUCGCUAUCAAGCCUGACGGUGUUCAGCGUGGCCUCAUCGGUCCCAUCAUCACCCGCUUCGAGAACCGCGGCUUCAAGCUCGCCGCCAUCAAGCUCGUCACUCCCUCCAAGGAGCACCUCGAGAAGCACUACGCCGACUUGAGCGACAAGCCCUUCUUCCCCGGUCUAAUUGCCUACAUGGGCUCCGGCCCCGUCUGCGCCAUGGUCUGGGAGGGCCGUGACGCCGUCAAGACCGGCCGCUCCAUCCUCGGUGCCACCAACCCCCUCGCCUCCGCCCCCGGCACCAUCCGUGGUGACUUCGCCCUCGACGUUGGCCGCAACGUCUGCCACGGCUCCGACAGCGUCGAGAACGGCAAGAAGGAGAUCGCUCUCUGGUUCAAGGAGGGUGAGGUCCAGAGCUGGAAGUCCGCCCAGCACGACUGGGUUUACGAGAAAUAG